UUCCGUGGCAACCGGGACAGACAUUUUCUACUCAGGUGUCAAAGUUUUACUUGGUCUGUGUUUGGUUUUGCGAGAAGCCCACGUUGGCUAUCAGAAGCAGCUAUAGGCCCCCUCAGUGACCAGUAUGCAACUCACAACAGAAGAAAAAAUAGAGCUGGGAUUCAAGGAACAGGGGACAGUCAAUCCUGCAUUCAUGGGUAAAGACAGUGAUGAACAGCCACAGCUGACAGUCGACACUGAAGAGGUGCACACUGAAGCCCUGCAGGAGUCUGAUGAUAAAGGUGUAGAUCUGGUUUACUCCCUCAAUGACAGGCCACCAUGGUACCUCUGCAUUCUGCUUGGCUUCCAGCAUUACAUCCUGGCGUUCGGAGGCAUCAUUGCUGUUCCACUGAUACUGGCCGAGCCACUGUGCAUAAAGGACAACAAUGUCGCCAAAAGCCAGCUCAUCUCCACCAUCUUCUUCGUGUCAGGACUGUGCACCCUGCUGCAGACAGCUGUUGGUACCAGAUUACCAAUCCUCCAGGGUGGGACUUUCAGCUUCAUCACCCCGACCCUGGCCAUUCUUGCUUUGCCGAAGUGGCAGUGUCCCGCUCCCCAGGCACCUGCAGCACCUCCACUUCAGCCACUGAACGUGAAUAACUCAGUGCAAAUGAAGGAUUCUGAUGAGGUGUGGAUGUCACGGAUGCGGGAGAUCCAGGGAGCCAUCCUGGUGUCCUCUCUGCUCCAGAUCUUUCUGGGUUUUUCUGGCUUGGUGGGCUUUGUGCUUAAAUACAUUGGCCCACUGGCUAUUGCUCCAACCAUCAACCUCAUCGGUCUGUCACUGUUCAUUGAGGCUGGGAAGAAGUCAGGAGGUCACUGGGGAAUAGCUGCUCUCACCGUCUGUCUGAUCCUUCUGUUCUCUCAGUACCUCAGCAAAGUUGACGUUCCAAUGAUCGCCUACAAGGAUAAGAAGUGGAAGGUCUUCCAGUAUCCACUCUUCAAGCUCUUCUCUGCUUUGUUUGGGAUGUGCGGUGGCUGGCUGGUCUGCUUCCUCCUGACCUUCUUCGACGUCUUACCUUCAAAACCUGAUGAGUACGGCUUCUCAGCCAGGACCGACAUCAGCCUGGAUGCUGUGACAAACUCCCCGUGGUUCCAUGUACCAUACCCAGGUCAGUGGGGUCUGCCUACAGUCAGUGUGUCUUCAGUGCUCGGUAUGAUGGCGGGUGUCUUGGCGUCUACCAUGGAAUCCAUUGGUGAUUAUUAUGCCUGUGCUCGUUUGUCUGGCGCUCCUCCUCCCCCAACUCACGCCAUCAACAGAGGCAUCGCCGUGGAGGGCAUUGGCUGCAUCCUGGCUGCGCUAUGGGGAACAGGGAAUGGUACCACCUCUUACAGCCAAAACAUUGCUGCACUCGGCAUUACAAAGGUUGGCAGCAGACUGGUCCUCCAGACAACCGGCAUUCUAAUGAUUGUCCUGGGAAUCUUUGGGAAGUUUGGAGCUGUGUUUAUCACCAUCCCAGAUCCUGUCAUCGGAGGCAUGUUCCUUGUUAUGUUUGGAAUGAUCGCAGCCGUGGGGAUAUCCAACCUCCAGUACGUGGACCUGAACUCAUCCCGAAACCUGCUGAUCCUCGGCUUCUCAACAUUCAGUGGUCUUGUCUUACCUACCUGGUUCCACUCAAACCCUGGCAUCAUCGACACAGGUAUAAAGGAGCUGGAUCAAGUCAUCGUCGUCCUCUUUACCACACACAUGUUCAUUGGAGGGUUCUUCGGGUUUAUUCUCGACAAUACCAUUCCAGGUACCGAUAAGGAGCGAGGCAUUAAAAAUUGGCGGGACAAGGAGCACUUUGAGAGCCAGAAAAUGUGUGACCAGUCCUGCUAUGAGCUGCCGUACUGCAGCAGCCUCUUCAGACGCUUCAGGUGUUUCCAGUAUCUGCCCUUCCUGCCAUCUUAUAAAACCACUCAAGAGGGGGCAUACAUGUAAUGUGGGUAUUUAAGAAGACAGAGCUGGUUUAUUAGGCCUGUAAAAGCAAAUGGUGGUUAAAGGAUCAAGUCUGGGGAUUUUCCAUACUUCAAUUAUUGUCAACACAUCCAGCAUUUAACCAUUUAGGAUUCCUUGACUAAAUGCAGUUUAUUUUCCUACUAUAUAUUUUGAUGGGUUGUUACACUAGAGAUCACUUUAAAUUACAGCUGUUUUAUUAUAGUACAUUCAUUGAGGGAUGAAGGAUGACAGAAAUUGAGUUCACUUUCUUGAAGCAGCCUGAAAACUUAUGGUAAUUAGUGUCAUGACUUUAGAAACUUCACAUUGGCUAUUUGUCUUUAGUAGCAGUCAACUGGUUGGAAAUCUGUAGCUGCGUUUGAAGGCUUCCAUCUGGACAAAAUUUCUUGAACUCAUCAAAAAACCUAGCAAUCAUCAAUUUCUGAAAGUCUGUUUCCUCUUUGGGAAACAUUUCAAAAAUGUUAAAGACAUUAUGUUCAUCUUUCCAAU